UAUGAUUUGUUUUGUUAAAUUGAAAAUUGACUCACAAGUUGUAACGUGUAAGAGCGCCGCUAUUCACUCAGCGUAUCAAGCAAUUUGUAACGUGUUUGGCCUACACACAAAAUUCAGGGUGAAAAAUUUGUAAUCGAAAAAUAGCAACAAAUAAAUGAACGCAGCAAAAAAGAAAACAAAAUGAAACAAUAAAUUCAAUUAGAAAAAGAAAGUAUUAACAAGUGGCAAGUAGUGUUAAACGUUGAUGCUGCUGCCAGCAGCAGAGCUGCGUUCAAUUUGAAUGGAAAGGGACAGCAGCAAAAGAAGAAGACAGCUUCGAUUUGUAAUUCAAUUACGAGUAGAAAAAAAAACAUAGAACAAAGUAUCAAAUAGUCAAUAAUUAUGGUUUUCAUACGUGAUCCGUGUGGCAUUGCUUGCCUCAUUGUCACCUAUGGCGCCGUGAUCUAUGCGGAUUAUGUGGUCAUGCGUUGGAUUAUACUCACAACGAUGCCAGUCAGCAUCUGGGCACCGUUCCAUGUGGUGCUCUUCAAUACGGUUGUCUUUCUGCUGGGCAUGUCGCAUCUGAAGGCAGUAUUCUCCGAUCCCGGCAUUGUGCCGCUGCCCGCCAAUCGUCUCGACUUCUCUGAUCUUCACACCACAAAUGCGGGCAACAUUAAAACCGGGAAUGGCAAUGGGAAUGGACAUGGCAGCGAGUGGACCGUGUGCACCCGUUGCGAAACAUAUCGUCCGCCGCGCGCUCAUCAUUGUCGCAUCUGUAAGCGUUGCAUACGUCGCAUGGAUCAUCAUUGUCCGUGGAUCAACAAUUGUGUCGGCGAACGCAAUCAAAAGUAUUUUCUGCAAUUCCUCGUUUAUGUGGGCAUCCUAUCACUGUACUCAGUGGCCUUGAUACUGGGCUCUUGGAUUGCACCCUGCACGGAAUGCAAUCAGAAUGUCAUUGAAUCGCAGCUGCGCAUGAUUCAUUCAGUCAUUUUGCUGCUGGAGUCGGCGCUCUUUGGACUAUUUGUCACGGCCAUUAUGGUGGAUCAACUGCAUGCCAUACUCUAUGAUGAGACGGCCGUCGAGGCGAUACAACAAAAGGGCGCCUAUAGGCCAAAUCGACGCAAAUAUCAGUUGCUCGCUGAUGUGUUUGGGCGAGGCCAUCCUGCGUUGUGGUUGCUGCCCUGCGCCAGCCUCAAUCACGCCUCCCGCUAUCAUGACACGCCGCUGCUGAGUCACGAUGUCUAAGAUAACACAGUGAUAAAAACAAAAACUCAUCAUUCUGCUUUGUCUUUUUUUUUUAGUUUUUAUAGUCAAGUCCAGUUUUUGUGUUGUUGUUUAAUUGUAUUAUACGCAUUAUUUAAUUAACACUUUAGUUGAUAAUUAAUUGCAUACUCAACAGAACAAACAAAAAUUGGAACAGCAACAGAUACUUGAUAUUUUUUUAACAAAGACUCUGUAUUUUUCUCUAGACCAGAUAUAUACCAAGCUAUAUAUACGUAUACAUAUACAUAUAUAUAUAUAUAUAUAUAUAGGUAAAUAUAUAUAACUAACUGUGUGUAUGUGUGUGCAACUAAAACAUAAUAUCAACUCAAAGCAUUUAAGCAAAUUCAUAUACCAAAAACAAAGCAAAAGCAGCAUAAACAUUUAAAAGCCAGCUCAUAUUAUAAGUUUUGUCAAUUUGUUUUAAUUGUUUGUCUUUAAUUUUACAUGUGAAUUGGCCAAUUCCAGCUGUAUAAACAAUUGUAUUUAGUUUACUCUGUACUGUAGUUGUUAAUUUUUAAGUUGGCCAACGAGAAGUUGUCACAAAACAAAAGCCUUAAUCUGCAAUUAUUUAUGAUGAUCGUGUGUGUGUCACUCCAACAAUCCAAAACACAAAAAGAAAACUCAGCUCUCCAAUAAAGCUAACGAUAUACAUA